AUGAGACGUUCUGUUGUGGCUCUUUCAUCCCGUUUGGCUUCUUCCUUCAAGCCUUGUACAUCCACCCUCUCAACAUCAUCUUUGAAUGUUGUUCUUGGUAGCACUGUUUCCAGCAAGAGAAAUUUAUUCAUCACAACAGUGUUCUUGAGAGGACCACCUCCUAUGGAUUUAAUUAAACAAUUGAGAGUGGAAACUGAUGCUCCUCUCGGACAAUGUAGAAAGGCUCUUGAAGAGAGUGGAAAUGAUAUUUCAAAGGCAAAAGAAUGGCUCAGACAGAAGGGUCUUCAAACAGCAGCAAAGAAGAGUUCAAGAACUACUCAAGAAGGUGUCAUUGGUAUGCAACAGUUAGGCAAUGAGAGAUCUGUCUUAUUGGAAGUGAACAGUGAAACUGAUUUUGUGCUAAAUUCUGAUAAAUUCAAAGAAGUCAUUGAUGAAUGUUUGGAUCAAUUAGUGAAAUUCAAACCUUCUCAAAACGAAUUAUCAGUGGAACAAAACGAACAAGCAUUUGAGAGUGAAAUUGUCUCGAAUUCUGCAAUAUUUGGAGGUAGCAGUUCCAUUAAAGAGAAAUUUAACGAACUUGUGGCCAUCUUACGUGAAAAUGUAAAGCCAAGAAGAGUCAAAUAUUUGGUUAACACCAACACUAUUGAACAACAAUUGGCGGGAUAUCUUCACAACAGUAAGGGAGAGAAGAUUGGUGGAGUUGCAUCAUUUGUCAUUGUUAAAGCUGUUCCAGGAUCUAAUAAGACACCAGAACAAUUGCAGAGUCUUGGAAGACAAAUUGCCAUGCACAUUUGUGGAAUGGGACCAAACUAUUUAACAAAGGAACAAGUUCCAGCAGAAGUCGUUCAACACGAACGUGAUUUAUUGUUGAAGAGACUUGAAGAACAACAAGCCGAAGAAAAGCAGAAAGCUGAACAAGAAGGAAAAGAAUAUAAACCAAAAUCACAAGACAUUCUCAACAAGAUGAUUGAUGGUCAAUUGAAUAAGCAAUUCCUUUCAGAUCAAGUUCUUUUACUUCAACCUUGGGUUUUGGAUCAAAAGAUGACUGUUCAACAAUUCUGCAAGGAUUCUGGUAUUGAGAUUAUUGAUUUUGUAAGAAUGAAGGUUGGUGAAGGAAUGCAAUACAAACCAAAGAAGAGUUUUGCUGAAGAAGUUGCUGAACAAGUGAAAGUAUAA